AUGGACCGGACUUCUCAGCUGAUGCUUCCCCGUGACCUCCUGUCCUCCUUGCUCCAGAUGCUCGUAUCGAAAGGAGGGUUCAACGUAGACCUCACUGAACUGGCGUUGUCUCAGCUUGGAGCAGAAGAUCUGCCCUUGGUGGUCAAGAUUAGAGUCGGUGGACUUCCGGUGGUGUCUUUGCAAAAUGGGAAGGCCACGAUCCUGCUUGAGGCUGGCCUUCAAGUGUUCUCCCAUUCCAACUCUAGCCUCACCCCGCUCUUUAACGUGAACACGGGUAGCUGUUGCAGCCAGUGGGAUUUUGCGGCUUCUAAACCCGGCCACCUUAUCACAGAAAAUAUCAGCCUGAGCGGAAGCUUCAGUGUUACACGAACCAAGCUAGGAAUCUCUCUAGCCUUGGAAAGCGUCUCUCUCGGUGUCUCUGAGGUGGGCUCCUUUGAUGAAAACGCCCUUACAAACUGGAUCAGAAGCAUCCUUCAGAUCGGGUACCUGCCUCUGAUUGACGCUGUCACCAACUCGAUGGCCCAAAGCAACGCCCUUCAAGGCGCCAUGAGAGAAGUGCCCCUCGGCAAUGGAGAGGAGGAGGAGAUGGAGGAGGAAGAGGAGAGGGUGGAGGACUUCUGGGAGGUGUGCUUGGUGGUGGUGAUGGUGGUGGAGGAGGAGGACAUCUCGGAGGUGUGCUUGGUGAUGGUGGAGGAAGAGGAGGUGGAGGAGGAAGAGGAGGGGGUGGUGGAGGAGGACUUCUUGGAGGUAUGCUUGGGGGUGGUGGUGGUAGAGGAGGAGGACUUCUUGGUGGUGGAGAAGGAGGUGGUGGAGAAAGAGGAGGUAGUGGUGGAGGAGGAGAACUUCCUGGAGGUGUGCUUGGUGGUGGUGGAGGAGAAGGAGGUGGUGGAGGAAGACAAAGGGGUGGUAGAGGAGGAGGACUUCCUGGAGGUAGAGGAGGAGAAGGGGGAGCAGGAGCAGGAGGAAGGGUACUUCUUGGUGGGAUCCCUGGAGGCAGGUGCUGGAGGACUGCUGGGCCAAGGAGGCUUGCUGGGUGAUGGAGGUCUGCUUGGCACUGCAGGAAUUCUUGGUGGCGGUGGGGGCCUCCUGGGCAACGGAGGUCUGUUGGGCAAUGGAGGCCUCCUUGGUGGAGGCGGAGUCCUUGGCAUCCUUGGGGAAGGAGGUCUCCUCAGCACGGUGCAAGGCCUGACAGGAUUACGAAUUGUGGAACUGACUCUUCCCAAGAUCAACCUGAGGCUCUUACCUGGCAUUGGGGUCCACCUGGAUUUAUACACCAGAGUGGCACUUAAUGGGAAGAGCCUCCUUGGUUUGCUUGACAUUGCAGUAGAGGUGAACAUCACGGCAAUCGUCCGUCUGACGAUGGACGGCACCGGCUACCCCACGUUGGUGAUUGAUCACUGUGAUACGCUUCUGGGAGGCAUUAAAAUUAGACUUCUUAGAGGCCUUCUUCCAAUUGUGGACAACUUACUAGCACGUGUCCUUAACAGGCUGCUUCCUGAUCUGCUUUGUCCUGUCCUUGACAUUGUCCUGGGCCUUGUGAAUGACCAGCUUGGACUUGUGAAUUCUCUAGUUCCUUUGGGAAUACUGGGAAGCGUCCAGUAUACCGUCUCCAGCUUGCCGUUAGUCACAGGACAUUUCCUGGAGAUCGAUUUAAACACGGUGGUUGGGCACGUCGUCGGCCCCUUAAUCGACUACCCCCUGGGCAAGCCGGAAUCCCCCCCUAUGCCACCCAGGGUGCCCAUGCCACCCCUGCCACCCAUGGAAGACACAACUAACUCUCAACUGGGACUGUCGGUCAACUUCCUCAGCUCCGUGCUGGGCGUCCUGCAGAAGCAAGGGGCCCUGAACCUUGACCUCUCCGAUGGGAUGUACCCUGAGCUUCCUCCUCUGAUGACCUCGACUCUUGGGGCGCUGAUUCCGGCGAUCUUCCAGAAGUUCCCUGAGCCUCGGCCCCUCCUGCUGAAGGUAUCGGUCCCCGAGGCUCCAACCGUGAAGCUCCAGAAGGACAUGGGCUUGAUUAAACUUCAAGCCGCUUCAGAAAUCUUGGCCGUGGAGCCCGAUGGCACUGAGAAGUCUCUCUGCAUCCUGAGCAUUGAUGCUUCUUUGCUGGCCAAAUUCUCUGUUGAGGACAACAAGCUAAAAAUCAGUGCUCAGCUGGACAAGUCUCGGAUCAAGCUGGAUUCCUCCAACGUUGGAAAAUUUGACGUGUCCCUGAUGGAGGGGCUGGUCGGGAAGAUCUUUGAAGUAGCCUUCCUUCCUGCCAUGAACG